UGCACUCGAUCAAUCUGUACCGCUCAAUCAACGUGAUCCAACGAUGGAGACCAACUGCAUGUCCGUGCUGUCGUGUGUGGGCACCAACGUCGCCUCCGCCUUCUUCGCCUCACUGGAACGCUGCUCCUGCAUCAAUCUCAACACCGCCGAUUUCGACGACGACAAUCACAACAUCACCAACGACGACCGCCCUCUUUUCCUCUCCUCCUCCUGCUCCUCCAGGCCCACCGCCGGGUCCCACCAAGACCAGGCCAUCGCCGGCCCCGAUCAGCCCAUCAAGCCCCCCGCCGCCGCCACCCACCACCGCCUCAGCGACGGCGUUUCAGCUUAAUACAGCUACUCACUCGCAGCAGAUCUCACAUACGGUGAAUAUUAGAAGAGGAAAUUUCAAUGCUUUCUUUUGCUUUUUAUGUGUAAUUUAAUUUGUGUCUCGUACGAAUUGGAAUUCUGUUUGGAUUUUGUAUGAAAUUGGGAAUUUUUGUAAAAUUUCAAUUUUUGAUGAGUUUGGGAAAGGGGAAAUGCUAUAUCCAGAGCUGACGUUGUUGCUUCCGUGUCAGGGUACAACCUUUACAUGCGUAAGGUACAAUCACUGUUUGCAUCUAGAGUGCUCUGGAAGCAGCAGUUUUAGCUUCGAUGGUAGCAUUUUCGUCUGAGAAAUAAAAAUAAAAAUGGAUUUAAUUUUA